CCCAAAAUCUUAAAACUACAAAAGCAACUAAGAAAAUGGCUGGGGUUUGGACUUUCGGAUCAAAUGGUGUAUUUAGCCUUGAUCAACCUCCAAGAGGGAAAAAGGCUCUUUUGGUGCACACAGCAACAAAUCAAGUGGUAUCAUCUUACACUUCCCUUGAGCAAAUCUUGAGGCAAUUAGGGUGGGAAAGGUAUAAUGGAGGUGACCCUGACUUCUUGCAAUUCCAUAAGCCUCCCACCAUCGACCUAAUUUCUCUCCCUCGGGACUUCUCAAGGUUCGGCUCUGUUCAAAUGUUCGACAUUGUCGUUAAAUGUCCCAAUACCUUCCAUGUCAAGGAUGAGUAGCUCUCACUGUCUCUUAUUAGUUGUUGAUUUAUAAAUAAAGUAGUAGUUUGCUUGUGGUUCCCUUGUUUUGUCCUAGAUUUUAGGACUAGUGUGUCAUGCAGGCCAAUUUGGCUUCUUAGCUUUGGUGUACUACAAUAAAGUAGAAAAUGGUAUCUGUGUUUGUUAGCUAAUUACAUAUGUGAUGCUUUAUCUUUGUAAGUUCAUGAGAGUGGCCUUGUAAUA